AUGGUCGACGUAUGGAGCGGAGAUAUUCUGCUCUCCGACGGCAACACAAUCAAAGAUGUCGGUCUUGCUUUGCCACAUGUCGCGUCGUCGCCAAUUCUACAGUUCACCUCUCUACGCUUCUUGACCACGGUUGAGACCGCCAAGAUCCCGCUCUACCUCGCUGCUGGGCCCAGUCUUGAUGUCUGGACAACUUGCGAAGCCACGGAAGCCUGGUUCGAAUCGAUAUUGCUCAGCAAGCCGGCCUGGCCCCUGCGAGGAAGCAAAUCACAAUGUCGACGGGCUCAGGGCAGUGAUGAGGAAGGACGCAAACCUAGAGUGACGGAGAUACUAUUCUACGGCACCAUCGCGGCUCCUCCAGCUGCAGUACUUCCAACACCACCUUCGUCAUCACCAGAACACGAUGAUGCGGGAGCCAGACAGCUACCCGAGCUACGAGUGCACGCACUGCCACUUUCAUCUGAUCUACUAUACCAACAAGCUUCCACGAUUGUGACGCCGGCACUACCAGCUCCAGCGGGCAACGAUGCGGCCCAAGUCGAAGCUCAAUUCAUAGCACCUCAGGCCGACACGCAGCAGGCCCCAGACUCCCCGAAACGGAAACGAGAUAUAUUCGAGGCGGCUACAAUUGCAAAUAAAAAGGCAAGAGGCAAGGGUGGAGCCGGGAUUGCAGCUAUAGCCGCUCGAGGCAGCGAGUCACAAUCAUCUCUUGGCCACAGGAAGUCAUUCUCUGGCGAUACCAAGCCUUCAACAGAGUUCAGACCAAGUUCGGCCAAUGGUCCGCUGUCCAGACCGACUUCAAGACAACUGUCUCGUUCCCCUAGCAUAUCUUCGGACACGAGACCGCUGAGUCGUAAAGGUGUACAGGAUGGUCAAACCAAGCGAUCGAACCUUUCCCGGGUCGCUACCGUGUCACUACAAGCAGAAGAGCCAACAACAGAGUCGAGAAACAAAGAAGCUCUGUCUCGUGUGGUCAUGGCAGCAAUGCGCAUGCACGGCUGGCAGCAACGAAAGAAGAAUCGGUCUUACAGGGCAUCUGUCGCACCUGGAACGGAAGAAAGCCAGGAGAUUGGUGUAGCGACUGUGGCCGAAGAAGCAGCGAAAGACGAAGAGUACAAACUGAUGUACCACCAGACGUACAAAGGUGCAGCGUUUGCGUUUCGGAUGCAUAUCAUGGACCGACCACUUCAUGCCCAGCCUGAUCAGAUGCGCGACGUAGUUGAGAAGCUCCUGGCUAUCUAUCUGAACGACCCGUUGGCGCAACCAGUACCUACAGCACAGUCAAUAAAUGCAGUGGCCACUCCUGGUGCUAAAGCUCGAUUGGGAGUGCUGGAAAUUGGACACAGCCAAGCCAGUCCGUUCGAUUUGCCAAGUUCAAAACGUCCGGGUAUGAUGAGAUCGAAAACUGAUCCCCAUGCCUAUACUGGAUCGCCAGUCAGUAGGAGGAAGGUUGGACAGAGCGAGGCACCGCCUACAUGA